AUGACUGCUGAUGACGCAAUGAAAUCAGACUCCCUAAUUCAAGGUCAGUGUUAUGUCAAAUCUCGACUCUUAACUGUACUGUAUGACUCUGGUGCAUCACAUUCAUUUAUAUCUGAGACUGUUGCGCAUGAGUUGGGAUUAGAUUUCACCAUGUUAGAUUAUAAUCUAAUUGUUCGUACACCCACAUCUCAAAAUGCCUUGACUAGUCAAGUAUGUCAACAGGUGCCUUUUGUUAUUGAGGCUAGGACUUUUAUACAUGACCUGAUUUGUUUGCCUUUGUGUGGUUUAGAUAUUAUCUUAGGUCUAGAUUGGUUGUCUAAGAAUCAUGUUUUCCUUGAUUGUUUUAAACGAAUUGCUACAUUUCCAUCAUCUGAAAUACACACUGAACCAGUUAAGUCUUGUACUUUCUAUUUGAAUUCCCUAAGAGUUAUUUCUAGUAAUAGUGGGUUAGAGGGUUACGUUCUACUAUCGGCUAGCUCAGAAACUAAUGAACAAGACUUGGAGCAAAUCCGAGUGGUGAAGGAGUUUCCUGAUGUUUUUCUGGAUGAUAUACCUGAGUUUCCACCUCAGAGAGAAAUAUAG